CGGCGGGACAAAAACAGGACUGUCAAAUCAGAGAGAAAGAGUCACGUGGUUUGAUACACGUGUGAUGAACGCGGAUAAGUGAUGGAAGUGAAAAAUCUUUUAAUGUAGUGCACCCAUAUAAAGAUAUUUUUAUCUGCUCCAAAAGCUCCGACAGCAUGAAAGAGGAUUACUCAGUGUUUUCGUCGAAAUUUAGCGGGGGACCGAAGGGACUAGGUGAUCCUAACGAUAAAAGUUUAAGAAAGGUAGAGAAAGAUGUGUUGAUACCCAAGUUGAUGCGAGAGAAAACCAAAUCCGAAAAGUGUGUCAACGAGGUCAAAGAAUUCCACGAUUGCUGUAUCCAUUCUGGUCUACUGCAUGUCAUAAAAUGUAGGAAAGAAAAUGAUAAGAUGAAGGCCUGCAUGGAAAAAUGGUACUAUAAUCAAGACUUUAUUAAAGAAUGCACAGAGCAAUACCUGGAGGAAAGGAGUGAAUUUAGAAAAACUGGUAUUCCCAAGAAAAAAAACAUUACACUGAAGAGCUCAUCAAUGUGAACAUAUAGAUAAUGAAUUGGCAAUUGUACAAAAAUAUUAGCGAGAUUGUGUUUUUCACUUAACUUUUUAGAUGUAACAUCUGUGAUUGAUCUA